AUGGCGCAUGGUAGGGCGCAAGGUAGGGCAUGCCUGCACUGUCGGCCUGAGGAGAUCGCACGGGGUGCAGGCGGAGGGAGGGCAGAGCGGAGGGCGUGCAGCAGCGAGGACAGUACAGCUGAAGGGGGGGGCUCCCGAGGGCACUGCCAUGGCGGAGCGGAGGAAGAGCACCAUGAUUCCUGCUGGAUAGGGGACAGGGGGGAAGUGGGGGAGGGGGGGGGUUGGCAAGGGGGGAAAGCGGGAGAAGGGCAGCUGCGGCCGCACCAGCUGCGGCCUGGAGGAAGCUUCCUUGCAAGUGCCGCAUCUCCCGCCACACCACGGGCCAGGUGGAUGAAGGAUGGGCGGAGAGCAGCGCUGGGAGGGGAGGGACAGGAGGAAGAGGAAAGGAGGGGAGGGGACAAGGCGACGUGCCAAAAAGAGGCGAAGAAUGAGGCGAGUAGGGAAUCAGUGCAUGCAGGGGCAGAAGGGGAUGACGGGGAAGGGAACGAGGAGCGGGGAAGCAUGGGAAGGACAAAGAAGACAAGGCCGAGAAUGGGAGGUCAGACGAGAUGGGAGGGAAGGGAGGUGGGGGGAGCGUGGGGCUAG